CGCAGCAAACCAGUCCUUCCACAGAGGAGGGAGAGAGAAUGGGGAGGAGUCCAUGUUGCUCGAAAGUUGGACUUCUCAGAGGGCCAUGGUCACCGAGAGAAGACGAACUGCUCAUCAGUUACGUAAACGAACAUGGCGAAGGUCAAUGGAAGUCUUUACCCAAGAAAGCAGGGCUCCUAAGGUGUGGAAAGAGCUGCAGGCUGAGAUGGAUGAACUACCUGAGGCCUGGUAUAAAGAGAGGCGGCAUAGGCCAAGAUGAGGAGGAUCUCAUCCUCAAGCUGCAUGCUCUUCUCGGCAAUCGAUGGUCUCUCAUUGCAGGCAGGCUUCCGGGUCGCACAGAUAACGAGAUCAAGAACUACUGGAACACCCAUCUCAGCAAAAAGCUCAAGAGGAAUGGCAUCGACCCCAACACCCACAAACCCAUCCUCGGUUCCUUUUCUCAAUACAGCAACGAUGGUGUAUUUCGUCCCCGAAAUCAACAAUUCAUGCGGAGAAGGUCUGCCCUCAACACCAGAAGCAACAAAGGGAAGAACGGCAGAAAGGAUCACGUUACCGAGGUUACAGGCUCUAGGCUUCAUAUGCCUAAGGCAACUAGAGUCAUACCCAAAGUACCACCGCCAUGGAUGCGUCGAGAGACAAAGGUCCUGCCCAUUUGCGAGGGUAGGAACCAUGGCAGCAAAAAUGGUGGCGAGUUCACUGGUGGUGGUGGCUCUGAUGAUGAGCUCUGUAGGUCGGGUUCCGCUGUGUCGCUUCUUGAUCAGAAUGUAGGUUGGAGUGGAAACGGUGAGUUCACACAGGAAGUCCACGGUUAUGAUCACGGCGAGGGAUCCACGCCUGAGAUUUUUCAGCUUUGGCACGAUCGCGGUCAGAAUAUUGUAAGUGAUGAUCACAGCGUAAAGAUGAAGAUUCAUGAACCGAGUCUCGUCUGCUUGGAGGAUGAGAACAUGCUGUUGGAUUCCUUCAUUCAAUCUCUCAUGGACUGAAGGUUUAGCUACAAUGCAUCACUUUGUGGUUCAUAUCGUAGUUCUUAUAACCACUACUACUUUUUCUUCAUUCUCCCUCUCUCUCUAGUGAAGCAGUAAGUAUGUCGCCAUGAUCAUGGGGUAAUGGCUCCAGGCUGCUGUUUAGGAAGUAUAAAAGAAAUAUAUGUGACUAAGCUUUUGUUCCGUUAAAAUAGAAUAAAAGAAUG